UAUGAGCGAGAGCGACUGGCCGGCGGGAACGCGGUUCUUGGCGCCGAGGAUGUUGCCGGCGUUUAGAUGCACGAUUUCUUGGAACCUGCCGUGCACGUGAUAGUUGCUCUUGUUUUCUUGCUUUCCAACAGUAAUGUGCUCAUCUUCUUCGUCACGUUUCUUUUUCACAUCUACCAUUUUCAUUCUGCCACUUUCACUUUCUCUUUGAAACACCAUGAAUUCCGUUAUGGCCGACUAAAUCGUCUCUUUCAGUCUGCAAUGGUGAUCGUCGGUACUUUGCUUUUGCUUCGUUUUUGUGGUUUCCGGGUCUUCCAGCUGGAUCGGUCGCUGAUGCUCGAUUAUGCAUGCUUCUUACUUUUUGAUCUAUUUCGGUAUGCUGUUUAAGCUAUAGUUUUCUUGGAGAUGAGGGAUCCGCGUUUAGCGGGUGGGUAUCAGCCUAACUGGCAAGAGACUUGAUUGUAGGGUUUAAUUGAUUUUGGAGAAGUCUAGGGAGCUUAGUUGCACUUUCUCCUUGUGCUUUAUAGGAGAUUAAACGCGAUUUAAUUCACAUAGCCAAUGGUGGUUUUCCUUAAAAAAUUGUCUCUGAUGUAAGAUUUAUAUUGAAACCUCCUUGUUUUUUAGUUGCAAUAAGAUCCUAUUAUUGAAUAAGAUCUCUGUCCUGGCAGUUACCCAAGCUUGAAGUUUUUUUUUAAAGAUUUAUUUGCCUUUUAUGCCCAAUACUUAACCUUGUUCUUAUAUAUGGUGUUUCAAUAUGUAGAUAUAUCCCUGUUUUCUUUUUCU